AUGGAGGUCACCAGUGCUCACCAUGACUUUCACCUCUUCUCACAACUCCCACCAGAGAUCCGCCUGCGCAUCUGGUCCCUCAACCUACCACAGACAUCCCGCCUCAUCCCCAUCAACGCCAACACCCCCAGCAGCCCCAGCAAUAGCAAGCAAUCAUCACCAUCAAGAGGCGCCUCGGGCUGCACCACAACGAUACCAGUCCCGCCCAACCUCCACGUCUGCAGCGAGUCACGCCUCCACGCGCUGCAGACAUUCACCCCAUCCUUUGGCUUCGCCCGGACCCAGGGUCGCAUUCCCUUCGACUCCUCCAGGGACAUGGUCUACUUUCCCCGCCUACCAGGUCUCGCCGCCUCGUCGUCCUCCUUCCGGUCCUUCCUCCUACUCUGCUGUCCCGACGAGCUGAGCCGGCUUCGACGGGUAGCCGUCCACGAGGACGUGCUGGGUGUCGACGACGCCUGCUACCACAGCGGUAUUGCCGUCGGACGCACCAUGGAGAUCAUCACGCUGAUCCGCGCGCGGUUGCCGAGUGUCGACGAGGUCAUCUUUGUCAGUACGCGGGAGGACAGCGGGCGGAGACUGCAGAUGCAGGUCGAGACGGCUGUGAGGGACCAGUGCGAGGAUACACUCAGAUGUAUGGUCGUCCUCGAGGGCGCGGAAUAG